CUGGACAAUGUCAAGAUGUUCAAAAUUACAAUAUCAGCUUAACAUGGAUGAAUGCAACUUCAAAAUGUGGUGCAGACGGACUUGAACAUGAUGCAACGAUUCUUUCUAAACUGUCUGUAUUACGUCAGAAACAGUUUUGGAUAGGUAUAGGUAUUUACCAAAAAGUUACUUCUUGGAUGGAAGUGUUGGGAUGUUACCAGUUGCAAGAGCAAAGAGACAUAUUUUUGGAGUCAUCAACCGGAUUAUGCUUAUGGAAAUGUAAUAAUACGAAAUAUUUUAGCUAUAAGAAACAUCUGCAAGAAUGCAUGUGUCUAAAACAUGUUAAAGAGGACAUUUACUUUAGAUCGAAGCUAAGUUUAGAUAAGUGCAAAAAAUACAACAAAUCUGAAGCAGUAUUAGUUCAUAAGGUCUUUAAUGGUGAUUAUCAAAGAAGUGGCAACGAUGACGAAAUGUGCAUGACCUUUAUGUGCAGGGGAAAUCAACCACAACUAUAUGAAACACAUUGUAUGACUACAAAUAUAAGUAUCCAAGGCUUGUGCGAAGAUGGAAAUCCCUCAUUAGAUGCAAGAUACUGGGGAUUGCCUUAUUCCACACAACUUGAAAAUUGCAAAAAGAGAAACAUGUUGCUCUUGCGCUCUAACGCGUGUACGAACAGAACCGUCUGGGAAAGAAUAUGGACAAAUAUUUUUCGAGAAAAUAUUGAAGUAGAGAUUCCAGGAGGAGAUAACAAUAGGAUCCCGGUUCGAUGCUUAUCGGCAAACAUAUCUGUAACAGAAAUAAAAGAUUUACAAAUUUCACAGGAAAACUGUACAUCAAAAUUGAAUUGGUUUGUCUGCAAAAAAAUUAAUUAUUAUUUUUUGCUCUCAUAG